GUCUUUCGAAUGUUCCUUCCCCGAUCUGUGUGGCUCUUCUUGCUUUUCAAGAAGAUGCUCAACAUCCAGAGUCAUGUGUAGCAUCGGCGGUCGUGACUGCUGUAUUGGGCUGUUUUUUGGAAACAAGCACAUACUCAGACAUUUCUGUAGCUUCUAUCCAGCCAGGCCGUCCAGAACAGCAUGCGUCCACUAGUCUGUGUUCUCCUCCUCUUUGUGAUGGGGAUGUCUUCUUCACUGGCUCAACUCAGCGUCCUGGAGUGCGAGACGGACCAAGACUGCAUCGACGUGUACGGCAUGGGUGAGUACUGCUGCGCCCGCGUCAACUCCAUCACCCGCGACCUGCGCCAGUGCAAGCCGAUCGGCCAGGAGGGCGAGCUGUGCCACGUGGGCAGCAACUACCUGCCGUACCCGUUCCGGGGCGCCCGCCGCUUCUGGCGCUGCCAGUGCAACUUCCCCGAGGGCUUCUGGUGCGCUCCGGACCCCGCCAGCUACCUGCCCAACGGCGGGCGGUGCGAGCGCUGGGUCCCGCCGGCCAACACCACCAGUAGCACCGAAGAUGCCGGAUCUGGCUAGCGGUGCAGAUCUCGCCUGACGACAACGCCAACGUAAAUCCCUACUUUUCUCGAUCCGUCUGGUCUUGGUUAAAGCAUAAGAAAAUGCAUCAAAGCAUUAAACCUGCCCAAGUUUCGAUGACCGUCUGUUGUAUUCAC